AUUUUAUCGGAUAUCCAGGAUUGUCAGCCAAAAGGUUCAAAGAGGAAGCCGAAAUCUUCCUAGCAUUGUUCGGGAGGUAGACACACUCUGUCAGUUUAAAUCUAGAUUAUUCUCUUUAACCUGGCAUACACAUAGCACACUAACAUAUGAAGGAUUUUUAGGCUGCAUUAAUUAGUUCAACUGAAACUGGGAAUCCAGUUAAGAUCCAGUCUGCAUCCAGAUCAGAUGAUCACUGUAGUCACCUGUAUCCAGUCCAUAUGGUGGAUCUGCACCUAAAGACGACAUCUAUAGCCCUGAAUCUCGGCGGAGACCAGGACAAUUAGAUAGCUCCAGAGACAGAUUGGGGGCCAUCAGCACAAGACCACGAGAACCAGUCGAGUCCUCUGCACAAUCUGACUUGUGUUGCAGUCUGGAAUUAAACCACGCCAUGCUGGUUUCGAACUGGCAACCCAACUGAGCCUGGUUUCUCCCAUGUUUUUUUUUUUUUUCAAUUUCUAUCAGUGGUGGAGUUUUGGUUCCUUGCCUUGUUGCCUUUGGCUUGUUUUGGCAAUAUUGAUGAAUUGAUUGAACAGACACUAUGUAAACUGAUCUGAGCUGGAUGGUGACAUCACUGAAUUAAUAAUGAAAUAAAUAAUAAAUUACUUUAACUGAAAAAUUGAGUGUUUCGUAUUAUACUCUUGUAUUAUUGACACAGUGUUUUCCCGUUUAAUACUGUUAAGCAUCUUUAACACAGUCUCUAUUGUAUAAAGCGCUAUAUAGAUAAAAGUGACUUGACUUUGUAUUGAAAGCAGGAGACAAAAUAAUUGUAAAAAAAGAACAAGAACUAUAUAUUAAAUUAUCUUAUUUGCGUCUGGUCCAAUGUUCAGACUUUGUCUGACCAGUACAAAUUUAAGCUGCUUCACAACAUCAUCCCUUUAAACCUGUAACCUGUAAGGCCUACACUGUUGAAAAGACUAGCAGUGCUGGUUAUAAUUAUAUGCUAUGCACAUUCUGACUAGCUUUCUUGAUUAACCAGCUUUUCAUAAGGGCAGAGCCAUACAAAGUUGUAGACCACAAAAUGAAGACUCUUUCUCUCCACAGGGUUUUUUCCGCAGAAGUAUCCAGAAGAACAUGUUGUACACAUGCCACAGGGAGAAGAACUGCAUUAUCAACAAGGUGACUCGAAAUCGCUGUCAAUACUGCCGGCUACAGAAGUGCUUCGCUGUGGGAAUGUCCAAAGAGUCUGUCCGGAAUGACAGAAAUAAGAAGAAAAAGGAGAUUCCAAAGCAGGAGUUGGCCGAAAGUUAUGAGUUGACAACAGAACUAGAGACAAUCAUUGAAAAGAUACGGAAAGCUCACCAAGAGACAUUUCCUUCACUCUGCCAGCUGGGCAAGUACACCACGAAUUCCAGUGCGGAUCACCGUGUGCGUUUGGAUCUGGGCCUCUGGGAUAAGUUCAGUGAACUGGCCACUAAGUGCAUUAUUAAAAUCGUGGAGUUUGCCAAACGAGUUCCUGGUUUCACUGGACUCACUAUCGCCGAUCAGAUCACACUGCUCAAAGCUGCCUGCCUCGACAUAUUGAUACUGCGUAUCUGCACACGUUACACGCCUGACCAGGACACAAUGACGUUCUCUGAUGGUCUCACGCUGAACCGCACACAGAUGCACAACGCUGGCUUCGGCCCGCUAACAGACCUGGUGUUCACCUUCGCCAACCAGCUCCUGCCCAUCGAGAUGGACGACACGGAGACAGGACUGCUGUCCGCCAUCUGCCUCAUCUCCGGAGAUCGACAGGAUUUGGAAGAGCCUUCAAAAGUAGACCAACUCCAGGAACCCCUGCUAGAGGCUCUGAAAAUCUACGUGCGAAAGCGCAGACCCAGCAAACCACACAUGUUCCCCAAGACCCUCAUGAAGAUCACAGACCUGCGCAGCAUCAGUGCUAAAGGUGCAGAGCGAGUGAUCUCUCUGAAGAUGGAGAUCCCUGGAUCAAUGCCUCCCCUCAUCAAGGAGAUGCUGGAGAACUCGGAGGGUCAGGACGGACAGAGCUCCUCAGAGCGGAGCGGAUCGGGCAAAAACAGCAGCAGCUCCACGGAGCCCAAACCCUCGGCCCCCUCCCCAGAGCCCAGGGAUGAGGCCACUUCCUCCAGCGAGGAGCCCUAGAACAUGAAACCUCAGACUGUGAGACAUUGCUUUGGACAGUACUGCUAGACUGGAGGCCUAUGUCUCCAGUGUUUUGAUUUCUGGGUGAUUUCCGCCCGUUUCCUGCUUUAAGAACAGAUUACGGCUGGUGUAUAAUCAAAACAUCUUGGAAGAAUCAAGUCCUACAGUAUCAUAGGACUGAAUCACACAUAGCCUGAAUCAGACGCCCACCUGUGACAGAUGAGAAGCUCCUCAGGUCUCCUGUAUGGAUUCUUUAUGUGCAUGAAAAGCUAUUGCUUUUUAUUAAUUGAUUUUCACACUCAUUCGGCCUGAUGCAUUCAUUGUACAUAUCAUUGUAUGUUUCUGUGAUGCAUUUGUUGGUGCUUUUUACAGUCUAACAUGCUCACUUAAAAGCUGAAGUCCUUUAAAAUACACUUAUAUAGAAUGUUUUUGCAUAUAGACGGUAAGGAACUGUAAUAUAUUACAUGGGUUUGUAUAUUUAAAGCUGCCUCAUAUCUGAUUUUCUUUUUAUUUAUUUGUAUCUAUCUCUAUGUGCACUUGUGUGUCAUAGGGUUCUGGUGAACUCAUAUACACACUAAUAGUGCACUCUAUCAGUAAUCAUGAUUUCAGGCCUUCAUAUGGAAGACAUUUUUAUUAAUUGACUUUAACCGCUCUCUGUCAACACCCUCAUGUUGCUCUAAACCUGUAUGCUUUAGUUGUCAAGCUCCAAAUCAAGUUUGGCAGCUGAGCAUACAUAUAAACACUAUUAAAGUAUUGUAGCAUCAGUAAGCAGUCCAAUAAACUAAUGCACUAUAUUCCAUGUCUUUGGACAUUAUACAGUAGCAUUGUGUUAGGAACAGACACCAGCAUAGCAAGGGUUUUAUGUCAACUGAGUGCUACAGAAAAAUUUAAAAAAAGUUAGCAUUUUUAUUAGUUCCAUUUUGAGCACUUCUUGCUUCGUGAUCCUAAAUUCAGUUUUUUUUUUUUUAAAUGGGUUAAAAUCAAGAUUUGUUUCACAUUUUAUUACACAGCAUGAAAUAUAUCAGUAAUAGCUCUCUUGUGUUUUUUGUCGGCUUAUGCAUGUCUUAAAAAGGCAGUUGCUAACAAGUGGUUAGUGGGAUCACAUCACAAACAAACAUCACAUCAAGCUCAGUUGACAGCUUGAUUCUUCAGAAUUCUUUUGUGAAAAUUAUUUUGAUAAAAUAUUAAGCAUGAAUACCAAUCAUGAAUCAACUUUUUGUUUUGUCACAGAGCUUUUUUUAUUUAUUUGCAAUUAUCCAAAAGAUGCCAGCGUAAACAAUCCUAUUGGUUUUUGAGUCAGGGAAAUGCUCAAUUGGUUAUGCUUACUUGUCUUACAAAAAAUGACGUCAUCCCUGCAGCACUCUAUUAUGAGCCAGUUUCUAUAACAAAGCUAUCAUAGUCCAUCAGAAGUCUUGGAAAAUAGCACACAGGUCAUAUGGACUUACUUCUGUGCUACAUUUAUGGUGGUCUUUUACAGCCUCAGUCCCUGUUCACUGCAUGGAAGAGAGCAACAAGAACUUUCUUCAAAUCUCCAUAAGGACAUAAAGAAAGUCAUACAGGUUUAAAUGACAUGAGGAAGAGUAAAAACAACAAACCUUUGAUUUGAACUGUUUUAUGCAGUAAAACUGUGAAAUUAAUAGUCAUAUCAUAUGCUGAUAUGUGAGUGUGUUUUGAGAUCAACUGGUUCAUGCAAACGCACAUUGAUGAUUCUGGUCACCUGGCCCUGGAUCAAACUUUUGCAUAAGUGUCUUUUUUUGCAGUAAAUCAAUGGGACAUUGCAAUUCUUUACAAUGCGACUUACAAGGCAGUUGUGCUGCAGUGAGCACAUUGUACAAUCAUCUCUGUGUGCACUCAUUAGGGAACCUUGUACAUAUAUAUAUAUAUAAUUUUUCACAGACAGGGUGAUCUGAUGGCCUUCAGCUCUGAUCAGUAAACUGUAGCUCUGUUCUCUGAAGAGCUUCGUUUAAACUGAUCCUGAGUUUGUAAAAUACCUCUUACUGAAACACAAGUGUCGCUGGAUUACCGUUUUUUACAACGAGACACCGUCUUUGGCUGAUUAAUGAUCAAAUUCAGUGAUAUGUUUCUUAGAAAGUGAAAUGUAAAGGCUUCAGGUGCCGGCUGUUUGUCUGCUUGUAAAGCAGUUUGUCUGCAUAAAGACGUUUUAGUUUUUAAACUCUCAUUGCACUUAAAAACUGUACAGGAGACAGAUGUGACUGUCAUAUUAUUUUUCAUGAAUUGCUGUCAUUUUACAUUUAUGUCCCUUGUAUGUGUGGAUAAUUAUGUGUAAUUUUGUAAAUUCUUACCUGUAACUAAAAUGUAAACAUGUAUCUAAUAAUUUACGCCCGGAGGGUCAGAUAGGGUCACUGUUAGCCUUUGUUUAUGGUUUAACUUAAAGGGAUAGUUCACCAAAAGAUGAAAAAUCUGCUAUUAUUUACUCGUCCUCAUUCCAAGACCAUUUUCAGAAUCAACUGCAUUCUGCUAAAUAGUUUGUGUUCAGUAGAGAAAAAUAUGUCGUAAGGUUUUGGCAUGACAUGAGAUUCAUCAUUUAGGUCUCAAAAAGGUAAAUGAUGACAGAAUUUUAAUUUGUGAGUGAACUGACCGUUUAUUCAUCUCCUCGUACUGUCUCUCGACGCAUCUGCUCUGAAAACAUAUCAGAAGGGAGAACAGACUGCUCUGGAUGUGAAUGCGGAAUGACAAAUUCUAGAUGAUAUGCAGUAUUUAUCUUUUUUUUCUGUUUUUGUACCUCAUCACUUUAGAUUAGAAAGCAUGAAUGCUGUUGUGUUACGUCUUUUGUCUUAAAAAAUCGGAGGGAAAGUGCUUUGUUUUGUUGGAGCAGCAUGUGUCUUUGAAGUUAACAAAUGAAACAGCUCAUGAAUGUCUUUAUAAAAACCCACGCCACCCACAAUUCCCUCACACGUCUACAAUCAGCACUCAUUAAACUGUAAGCUAUGGAAGCUGUAUCCUUUGAAUUAUGUAAACCUUAUGCUUUGUUACAAAGAGAAAAAAACUUUUUAUAGCUAGCUGACAUUGUGUUUGAUUGAGUUUGAAUAUUUGAAGCAUAACUAUGUCACGAGAGAAUCCAAGUUUAAAUCUUGUUUUUAAAAAUCGGAAACAAGGGUUAUCAAAUGUGUCUUGACAUCUUUGUUAAAAUUACCUCAUAUGGACCGGCUCGAUGGCAGAGAUCACGAUCGGUCAUCUCAUCUGGAUUGUUCAAUAAUGCUUUAUGCUGAAUGUGAUCUUGCUCUAAGCUUGUCAUGUGUCAUGGCAGAGAUGCAACUGUGUUAUUUUCUAUCCUUUAAUAAUAGGAAAAUUUGUUUUGCUGUUGUCAUACUGUAGUUUUUAAUGAAUUUGUUUUGCUGGCUUUUGUGUAGAGAAACAAGUGAUGCAUUAUAGUUGUCAAUUAUCAUCCAGUCUGAUUAAGUUUAGAGCUCUUUAUGAGCUUACACGAGGUCUAAACCCAGUAAAAGAGCAGAAAGAUUAAAACAAACAUAUACUACACUCAUUUCAGAUGGGAAAUGUUCAAAUCUGCAAAAAGGCCAGUUAAUGUAACUCCAAGCCAGCCCUAAUUUAUCGUCUGAUGGAACAAUCCUUCAACAAUUACGGAUAAAUAAUGAAAUAAAAGUCGCAGCUCUUGAAAUCGUCUUAAAGCAUGAAAUUAUCUGCUUGUUUUUUAAAACCUGUAGACCCGAGGAGUUUGACUAAUAACAAUUCAACAAUAUUUUUCUCAUGACCGUGAGUGUUUGGAACCAUUUGUAAAAUUCCUGUUUUGCUUCUGUCCUGUUUGGACAUUAAUAAUGCUUUUGUUCAUGUUUGACAAUGCCUUUACAUGAACCCUUCUGGCAAAACAAUAAAAAUGUAUUUAUUUUAAAAUGUUUGGGGGAGGUAUUUGGAUGGUCACUGUAUAUGUACAGCCCAGUGCGAGAUUGAAGAUGCAGUCAACUCUCAGAGAAAUGUUCAAGGUUCAGACAUUUUAUACAGUAGAAAUGUAUAGGUUGUUUUUGUUAAUUUU